UAACCGCGGUUACCGGACGAAAUAAUUUGUUUUUAACUAUUUUUAAAUGACAACGUUGCUGCGGGCCUGCCGACGGCCGGCUAUUGCGGUCACAUACAACAAUGGCUACUUACGAGCAAGCCCACCAAACGGAACACACGAUCGUCGCCUGGCAUCAACAGAUGCCGCGGCAGCAGCGGCAACUGUCCAACUCUCCAAUGCCAGCGGUCUAGUCGGAUUUUGGCAGACUCUGUCGAACAGCACGCCAGUGGCCUACAUGCAGGAUGCACUUAUCCAGAUCCACGACUACAGUGGCCUGCCCUGGUGGUCCUCCAUUGUGCUGUCCACGUUCCUGUUUCGAGGAGUCGUCACGUUGCCGCUGACGAUUUACCAGCACAAAAUAACGGCGCGCAUUGAGCGGCUAGCCCUGGAAAUGCCGGCCAUAGUGGAGGAGCUAAAGCGGGAGGCUGCGAUGGCCAAGCAAAAGUUCAAGUGGAGCGACAAGCAAACGACAGCCGUCUACAGGCGUUCGAUCAAGAAGCAAUGGCAGACCCUGAUAGUGCGCGACAACUGCCAUCCCAUGAAGACAAUCAUCGUGUUGUGGGGUCAGAUUCCGUUGUGGAUUUUCCAGUCUGUUGCCCUGCGCAAUUUGGUCUACAUGCUGCCGGAUCCGACGACGCUGCAAGCCCAAAUAACCGCCACAGAAAUGACAAUUGGCGGCUUUGGCUGGAUACCAAACCUCACUGUGGUGGACAAUUCCUAUAUACUGCCAGUGGCCCUGGGCCUGCUCAAUCUGAGCAUCAUAGAGCUGCAAUCCAUGUCGAGAACACGAACGCCCACGCGUCUGCAGAAGAUUUCCACUAAUGUGUUUCGCGGACUGAGCCUCGUGAUGGUUCCCGUGGCCUGCACCGUGCCCUCGGCUCUGUGUGUGUACUGGGUGGCCUCCAGCAGCUUUGGCUUGGCCCAAAAUAUGCUGCUGCUCUCCCCCGAAGUGCGACGUGCGGUGGGAAUACCCAAAACGCAAACGGAACUGAGUCAACCCUACGAUCAGAUCUGGCUAAAGAUACAGCAAAGAGUGGGACUGGCUGAGCAGACGCCGCCAGCAGAUAAGCCAGCAGCCAAGUGAUCCACUACCCCCAUACCCUAGUCAUUCUAGUCUAAAUUAGGUGAAACAUAAGUUGUUUGUUGAAUGCAAAUACAAACAGAGAGCAGGGCAGCCAUAAAAUGCAACUUUGCGCCACUGUAAAUCAUCGCGGAGGAGCAUCCAUGCCAUCCCAUCCCAUUCAUUAUCAGCAGUAGCAGAGCAUCACCAUAAAUAUAUGUGAGGGAAAAACCCUCGAAAAAAGAAUACAAACAAAAAUGCAGCGAUAAGGCAGUAAAAACAAAAAGGUCUUGAAGAUUACUAAAACAGAUAAUUCCCGACUCAAUUGGCUAUGUGCGGCGAGAGCGACCGAGUCUCAUCAGCAUCUAUCAACGAACAGGGAGCAGAGAUAGAGAUUCUCCUUCUAUCAAUUGAAACGCGAGCCGAGCGCUGAGUCAGUUGAGGCUGAGACUUGAGCGGGAUCACAACUGAAAACAGAAAUUCAAACGCGUUUCGGGCAACAUCUUUAAACAGUCGCUAUCAGUAGCUGUGGAAUAUAAAGGAAUAUACAUACAAAAUCUAUAUUCAA